AUGAGUUUAACAAGGAAAGAAUCAAACGAAAUACUUAUAAACAAGAUAAACGAGUCUCUCAAGAAUAAAUGUUUAAAUGCGGCCGAAUUAGAAAAUAUUAGAGUUCAGUUUGCCCCAAAAUUUAAUAAUAUUAAAUUGAUGCCCGGUGCAAAAGAAGUUGUAGAAAAAAUACGUGAAAUCGGUAUUGCCACGAAUUCUACACGUGAUGAAUUCAAAAAAAAAAUAUCAAAAUUCGAAAAUUUUGUUUCUUUUUUCGAUGAAAUAAUUUAUGGAGAUGAUAUCGAAUUAAUGGAAUGCAGAAAUAAAUAUCAAGCAGUAAUGGACCGAAUGUCUUUGUCACCAAACGAAUGCCUGGUCAUUGAAGAUUCUCCGCGUGGAAUAUACAAAGCCAUUGAACAGAAUUUAGAAGUAAUAUGGAUUCAAGACCAAAGGAUGAAAAAGUAUUUUCAUGAAAAUUACAAAGAUCUUUACGAAAAUGAGAAUGUAUAUAUUUUAAAAUCGUUAAAUGAAGUUUAUGAUAGGUUGUAA